ACCAACUCAGACCCAAACACAACCAAAGAGGCCACCAGCAGGAUCAACUGUCCAAGAACUGGUGGAUGUCAAGCGGUUCAGUAACCUAAGCCGACUUGUCAAAACAGUCGCCUGGAUCCGGAGAGCAGCAAGGAUGUUCAUGAAAGGGAACAAGCGAACUGCAAACAAUCCAAAGUGGGAGGCAGUGUCGUUUUCAAAAGUCAUCUCAGUGACAGAGAGGGAAGACGCCCUAAAAGACAUCUUCCUUGCGGCACAGCAAAGUGCAUCCUUCCCAAGCACAACCACAGACAGGCUGGUGGUGUACAGAGACCAAGAGACUGGAUUGUUGGUCUGUGGGGGUCGUGUGCAGAUCUUCAAUGAAGAUAAAGUUGCUGUCCCCAUCUUGCCUUACGAAGCCUGGGUGUCGACACUGUUAGCACGAGAAGCCCACGAGGAGAACCACGAUGGAGUGGCCGGGACCUUGCUCAAGAUGAGAAGAAGAGCAUGGGUCGUGAAAGGUCGGAGAAUUGCUCAAAAAGUGGUCGAAAACUGCAUGUUCUGCAGGAAAACUAAAGCAAAAAGAUGCCAGCAAAUAAUGGGUGAUCUACCUCCAGAGAGGACAGAACCAGCUGCCCCAUUCCACUACACAACAGUCGACCUCUUCGGACCCUACCAAGUCAGGGAUGAUGUAAAGAAAAGAGUGUCACUGAAGGUUUGGGGAAUUGUGUUUUGUUGCAUGGCCUCCAGAGCUAUUCACACCGAGCUGGUGAACUCUCAGUCCACAGAGAGUUUUCUGUUUGCCUACCAGAGGUUCACAGCACUAAGAGGUCAUCCAAAGAAAAUCUGGUCAGAUCCUGGGACCAACUUCAUUGGGGCUAAGCCAGUCCUAGAAGAACAGUACCGAUUCCUUGCCAAUCUUGACAAAGCUACCCUGGAGGAGAGAGCUGCCAAGGAUGGCACAGAAUGGUCGUGGAAGAUUCAUCCAGCCGAUUCUCCACACCGGAAUGGUGCCGCAGAAGCUGCUGUGCGCAUUGUCAAGAGAGCACUGCAGAGUCUUGGAGGAGAGUCCGGCCUAAGUUGGAGUGAAUUCCAAACAACUCUCUACACGGCUGCCAAUCUUGCAAAUGAAAGACCAAUUGACGCCAGGACACAGAGCCGAGAAGACAGCGUCCAGUUCAUCACUCCUAACUGUCUCCUGCUCGGACGAGCAUCACAGGGUGGAGAUGUCAGAACAUUCGACUUCAGUGACUAUCCCUACAAAAGGCUUAAAGAAAUGCAAGCGCAAGUUAACAAGUUCUGGAGGAACUGGAGUCAACUUGCUGGUCCUAACUUAUUCGUAAGGAACAAAUGGCAUACCGCCAAGAGAAAUGUCGCAGUCGGGGACAUCGUCUGGAUGGCGGACCAAAACGCCCUUAGGGGUCAGUUCAGGAUUGCAAGAGUGGUUAGCGUCAACUCGGACAGCAAAGGAGUUGUGAGGGACGUCAAUGUCAGAACCUUCCCAAGCUACCCCGUUCCUGUCACAAGGCCUACCGGAGCAAAAGUAAGUCACCGAACAUCUAAGAAAUUCAAAGAAAAGAUCCCAGCAGCAGUUCUUCACAGAGACGUAAGGCGACUAGUGAUCUUGCUUCCCACCGAAGAACAGAACUAAACAUCUGACCCAAGUUGCUCCUGUAACAUGCGACCUCCCAGGUGUCUCCACUGGAAGGUCGAGUGGGAGGUGUGAAGUCAACUUGGAAAAUCCCCGCUGGAUAUGAAGGGGUUAAUAUGCAGCGCCGACUGACAGCUGGGGGAAUCCCUCCUCAGAGCGUUACCUGGGAAAUCCACGUCAUUGCGUCACCUUACCGGAAAGGACAGAAAGGGGAAGAGAGACUCUUUCAGGAAACGCCAGUUGCAAACAAAUCAGACAGCGUUCGGUCCAGCAGCAGCAAAGCUGCGCUAGAGAACGUGGAAAAAGCAGCGCUGGUACAGCCAUAAAAAGCCUGGAGAAACGGCCGGUUUUUUACCUUGCAGUAUACCUAGCAGUUUACCACUUGCAACCCACUUACAACUGUACCCACAAUACCUACCUGCUACAACUUACCUGUACCUGUGAAAAUACAAAAAGAAAAGUAAAGAGGAGUUAAAGAAGGAAAACGGUGUGGUCAUUGCAUGAGUGGAACCCAGUUAAACCUCCUAUGGUCUGUACCAAUCCCUUUCAAGCAGGGAAGCUGCACAAACACUAGAUAGC